AUGCAGGCGCAACCGCAUGUAGGAAUCGGGGCCAGCGGUGGCGGUGGCGGCAGCGGCAACAGCACCAGCGGGAAUGGCGAUAGCAGCAACAGCAAUAAUGGGACUCUAAUUGCUCUCCAAACAGCCACGACAACGGUAUUCCCCCAAGCCUCACAAGUCCCCUUUGAUGCAAAAAUGGGCAUCCCGCAGUCCCAGGGCUUCGUGGCGCCGGUGUCACAUUUCGGUCAGCCCUCAAUGGUGCCCUCCACCUGCACGGGUCUGCCAAUCACCCAACUCAGUUUGGCUGAAAUGGAGUCCAUCAUCUCCCCGUUGACCAGGCGACGCUCGGAGGGUUUUGUGCAACAGGAGGUGAAGUUGAUGAUCAAGGAGAUCGAAAAACGACGCCACAUUCUUCUCUCCAUGUCUCCGGUGCAUAAUAGGCUGAAGAAGAGGGCUUGGGAGGAGGUGGCCAAUAGCAUGGCGCUCAAACGUCCUCACGAGCCGAGACGAACUGGGGAACAGAUAAAGAAGAAGUGGGAGAACAUCGUGUCGAAGACAAAGAAGAAGAUUCGAGAGGGCCAGGUGACACCGGAGUUGGACUGGAGUGAGACGAACAGUAUGGUGAUGCAGUUUUUGGCUGCGGCCACACAAGAGAUGCGCGAGCGUCAGCAGCAGACGGCCCUGUACGGAAGUGCAGGGCAUGUUUACGAGGAGGCACCGCCAUUACCGACUCAAUUGCCCCUUCACACCGCUCCCUACACCCCCUCCACCACCGCUUCUUUCGUUGCCUCCGUCGCUCCGCCACCUCUCUUCCCUUCGGCCACUCUUGCCGCCAAUCCUAACACCACCAACUCUGUUACCACCAAUAACAAUAACAACAACGGUACAAAUGAUGUUUCAGAGGAAUCCACUUCUGAAGUGACAUUCUAUCACGCUUAUGCUUCAAUCAUACCAACCAACGCGAGGGGUCUAGUACAAACUUCAACUGUCACAUCUGGAGAGUGUGGUACCAAUUGUUGGCCUGUUGUGAACGAGGCAAUUUCCUACGAUAACGCUGAAGGUGGUUAG